AUGUCAAGACAACUUACACUCCGUAGAUUAGCCCACCACUACGCUCCAUCCAAAUUCCUCAACGAAGCAGCCUACAAAUCCAACAAGAAAUUAGGCGACCAAUUUAUCCAACAAUACGAAACCAAAGUCCACCACUCGGAGAAAAUCACUGGAACAUGGAAGAAAUUGACCUAUUUGGUGGCAUUACCCGCCAUCUUGUUGACGGCUAUCCCUGUUGGUAAAGUUGAAUUGGAACAUGCUCAUCAUCGUGAACAUGCUAGACAUUUGAGUGAUGACGAGUGGCCUCAACAAUAUGAUUAUCAAAAUAUUAGAAAUAAGCCAUUCUUUUGGGGUGAUGGAGACAAGACCUUGUUUUGGAAUUCCGAUAUCAACAGACAUGUUCAAAAGGAUUAA